AGGAGGAAGAGGAGGGGAGGGGCUCGGACUGUUACCGGACAGGACUGUGCGAAAGCAGCAGAAAAGGAGGGUUGAAUUUGACCUCCUUGGCUGGGCGGUGGGAGGAGGUGGGUGGUGCACGGUGGUGUUUUAGGGAGGAUAACCCGAGAUUGAAGCCGCCGGUUGGGACCAGGAGCUCCGUCCGCCGCUGCUGCUGUAACCCCGGACAUCAUCAACAUGGAGCUGGAGAACAUCGUAGCCAACACGGUGCUGCUGAAAGCACGGGAAGGAGGCGGCGGGAACAGAAAAGGAAAAAGCAAGAAAUGGAAGCAGCUGCUGCAGUUCCCCCACGUUAGUUUGUGUGAAGAGCUGCGACAAAGCAUAGGCGGAGUACGAGGUGGCUCCAGAUGAGAAGAGGAAGGAGUGCGGUCAGGAACUCAUUGACAAAUACUUCAACCCAAAGUCGGAGGAAUGCGUGCCCGAGGUGGAGGCGGCCAUGAUGGCUCAGUGCACCGAGCGGCUGCAGCAGGAGGCCUGCAAAGAGCUCUUCAAGGACUGUACCAAGUUGAUCCACGACUACCUGAGCAUGGCGCCCUUCGCGGACUACCUCGACAGCAUGUACUACAACAGGUUCCUGCAGUGGAAAUGGCUGGAGAGGCAGCCGGUGACAAAAAACACCUUCCGGCAGUACAGAGUUUUAGGGAAAGGAGGCUUUGGAGAGGUGUGUGCGUGUCAGGUACGUGCCACGGGGAAGAUGUACGCCUGUAAGAAACUGGAGAAGAAGAGGAUCAAGAAGAGGAAAGGAGAGUCCAUGGCGCUCAACGAGAAACAGAUCCUGGAGAAGGUCAACAGCAGAUUCGUAGUGAGUUUAGCGUACGCCUACGAGACGAAGGACGCCCUGUGCCUCGUGUUGACCCUCAUGAACGGCGGAGACCUCAAGUUCCACAUCUACCACAUGGGCGAGGCGGGUUUCGACGAGAGGAGAGCCGUCUUCUACGCCGCCGAGAUCUGCUGCGGGCUGGAGGACCUGCACCGAGAACGCAUCGUCUACAGAGAUCUGAAACCAGAGAACAUCCUGCUGGACGACCACGGCCACAUCAGGAUAUCAGACCUGGGUCUAGCGGUCCAUGUCCCAGAGGGACAGACCAUAAAGGGACGGGUGGGAACAGUGGGGUACAUGGCUCCGGAGGUGGUGAAAAACGAGCGCUACACCUUCAGCCCCGACUGGUGGGCGUUGGGCUGCCUGCUGUACGAGAUGAUCGAGGGCCAGUCCCCCUUCCAGCAGAGGAAGAAGAAGAUCAAGAGGGAGGAAGUGGAGCGGCUGGUGAGGGACGUGGAGGAGGAAUACACCAGCAAGUUCUCCGAGGACGCCAAGUCCCUCUGCAAAAUGCUUCUGGCCAAAGACCCCGCAGACCGGCUGGGCGGCCAGGAGGGCGGAGCCUCCGAGGUCAAAGCCCACGCCAUCUUCCGCUCAAUCAACUUCAAACGCCUGGAGGCCGGCAUGCUGCAGGCGCCCUUCGUACCCGAUCCGCAGGCCAUCUACUGUAAAGACGUGCUGGACAUCGAGCAGUUCUCCACCGUGAAAGGCGUGGAGCUGGAGCCGAAAGACGAGUCCUUCUACAGCAAAGUGUCCACGGGCAGCGUCUCCAUUCCCUGGCAGGACGAGAUGAUCGAGACGGAGUGUUUCACAGAGCUGAAUGUGUUCCACCAGGACGGGGCGGUCCCUCCGGACCUGGACUGGAGGGGACAGCCGUCUCCUCCGCCCAAACAGGGACUCCUGCAGCGGCUGUUUGGCCGACAGGACUGCUGUGGUAACUGCAGUGACAGUGACGAGGAGCC